UAAUAAUAACGAAACCAAUGAUCUCAAUUGUGAAACUUUUUCUUUUUCAUUGGACAAUCUGUCCACAUCUUCUUCUUCAUCGACAUCAUCAUCAUUAUCAUCGAAUACAACUACUAUGGAAUCUAAUCAACAAAAAAAUGGUGAACAAACAUUUGAUGGUUUGUUGGAAAAUCAUCAUCAUUCGAUGAUCAUUGGUAAUAAUAAGCUUUCAUUUAAUUCAAAUAAUCGAUUAUCGAUGAAGCUUUAUGGAAACGGAAAUGAUAGUGCAGAAAAUAGCCAUCAUCAUCAUCAUCAUCAUUAUCAACAAAAUAACAAUAACAAGUUAUUACACCCGGUGAACGGUAACAACAGUGAUAGUGUGCCAGUGGUUGAACCAAAUUCUUUCAAUGAUACGGGUCAUAUUUCCGGUGUAGAUGGUGGCCAUCAUUAUAGACAUAAUCUACAUUUUCCAUCCACCACCAUGAUAGACAAAUUCAAUGUUGAUAGCGGUUGUACUGAUCUAUUAUUUGAUAAUCAUGAUCAACAAAAUCCUAAAACGACAAAUGGCCUCAUGAUGAAAAGCUGUCAACCGAUUACAGUUGCUGCUGGUUAUCGAAAUUCGGAUGAUACCCUCAAUGAUUUAUUAGGCUAUCUCAAUUUACAACAACAAUUGUUUACGAAUAAUCAACCACAACAACAACAACAACAACAACAUUUACAAUAUGGUAACAAUUUUGAUCAUAGAAAUUGUUCAAUGUUGGCCACGGUGACAACACCAACAUCAUCAUCACCGUCGUCUUCUUCGUUGUCAUCAAAUUCAUUGUCAACGACGAAUAAUAACAAUAAUGACGUAAUAUCAUCAUCAUCACAAUCAUCAUCAUUCGAUGAGAAUGGUGUCAAUCUGAAAAACACCGUCUCUGAUAUUUUUAAUAAUGUUGAGAAUAAUACAGCAACCACUAUUGUUGGUGUGUUGAAUGAAAUAAAUAAUCACUAUCAUCAUCAUCAGAAUAACAAUUGUAAUAACAAAAACAAUUACAACAACAACAACAAUUCGAACAAUCUAAAUCUAUUUUCAUCAUCAACACCAUCGUCAUCACCACCAGUGUCGAUAAAUACAACAUCAACAUCAUUGUUAAUCGAUACAUUGAAUACAAUGAAUGAUUCAAUAUUCAAUCAAGCUUGCUCAAGCGAAUCGGUAACUAACCUAGAGCAACAUCAUCAAUUGAAUCAAAAUUGUUCACCGAAUAAUUAUCAUCAACAUCAUCAUCAUCAUCAUCAACACCAUUCGCAGCAACAGUAUCAUACAUUUUUGACAACCGCUCCAAAUCAUCAUGCAAAUCAUCAGCAACAACAGCAGCAGCCAAGAACAUUUGCUGAUAUUGCGGCAUCAUCAUUAAAUGGUCACCAUAGUAAUGGUGUUCAUAAUAAUAAUGGCAAUAAUGUCCUUAACAGUAGUGGUUCUGGUUCAAAUAAUAUCGAUCUAGUAGAUUCUUCAUCAUUUCUUAGUAUAUUAGAUUCACCAACUCAUAAAUCAUUGAAUUGUUCCAACAAUGGUAACAAUGGAACAUCGAAUGGUUAUUUUAAUGCUUUCACAUCAUCUUCAAAUAUACCGGUGGCUAAUACUAUACAAUCAUUCUAUGAUCAAUUCAAUACGGAACAGAAUGGAUUGAAUAAAAAAUUCUAUCGUAAACAACAACAGACACAGGCAUUGAAUUUUCGUCCAAUAGGUGCAUCACCAUUAUCGCCUUCAAUGAAUGUCAACGACGCUAAUAAAUUAUUGAAAUCGGGACAAAUAAAAGAAUCGCAAUUGGGAUUUAUUCGAUCAUCAAAUGGAUCAUUGACCAUAACGGAUUGUGGUGGUCAUAUUGGGAUUGGCGAUAAUGGUUUCGAAUCAAAUGGUAUCACAAUGAAUGAAAAUAAUACACAAUCGCCCAACCGUCCAACUAAUCUGAUGGGCUAUAAAGGUCUUUGGGUUUGUAACGUAUCACCUGAAGUUGGUUUACAUUACUUAAAACGUCGAUUCCGCCGUUAUGGACAUUUUACUGGUAUUCAAACAUUCGAACGACGAGCUACAAAUGGUACAAACAUUGUAUUCGUUCAUUAUGAUAAUCCUAAUUCUCCGGUCGAAGCUAUCGCUGCAUUACAUAACUAUAAUGGACAAGAUUUGUGUGCCGAUCCUAAUGAACCAUUAAAGCUACGUUUUGCUCCAAGCAUGGAACAAUCACGUGCCGGUCAAUUACCAACAUUAGAACAAGCGCGUAAAAUUGUUGAAAAAAGUGGUGAAUGUUUUAAUUGGCGUUUAUCAUCUGGCUGUCAUCGUGGUCAACGAUGCCAUCUUAAACAUGUUUCCAUUAAUAAAGAAAUUGAUUCACAGCCAUGGGUGAAAGCAUUGAAGAAAAAAAUUAACGAAACAUAAUUAAUUUGUCAACUAUAUAACUCAUUUCAACACAGCAAUUUUUACCAACCAUCACAGAAAUAUUCAUUCAGAAGGAUAAUAAUAAUGAUUUUAUUUUUUAUUCGAAAACGACUAUCGAUUGACAAUCGACUGAAAACAAAACAAAAAAACAGAUCGUUGAUUGAAUUUUACUAUCAAUUUUUUUUCUGAUUUUAUCAUUUCCAUGUUUUUUCCUCUCAAUUCUUAUAUAUCGGCUUUAUUAUUAUUAUUACAAAUUUUUUCGUCCAAUUUUUUUCUGCUUGUCUGUUGAUCUUGUUUUUUUUUCAA